UGGCUCCAGCGGCGCGCUCCGUCUCUCUCAGUCCGGCAGGGCGUCCGCGGAGAGCCUGCGGGACGGCUCCUGGGACCCUACGGUGGACGCGUGGCGGCAGCGUGGGGACACCCUGAAAGCAGAGCGCCCGGGCGCCCGGAAGUGUAGCGCGCCGAGCCCUCCUUGACCACUCCAUGCCGGGUUGGAGGCUGCUGGCUCAGGCCGGCGCCCAUGUGCUGGGCCGCGGGGCGGACGGCCUGGGUGCUGCCUGGGGCUCGGGGCACAGAACAGACAUCUGGCUUUCGGUUAGAAGUCUCCAUGGCAAGAGUGGUUCUUGGUGGGAUGAGCAUCUUUCUGAAGAAAAUGUUCCGUUUGUUAAGCAGUUGGUCUCUGAUGAAGAUAAAGCCCAAUUAGCAAGUAAAAUGUGUCCUCUGAAAGAUGAACCGUGGCCUACACAUCCUUGGGAACCAGGUUCCGCUAGAGUAGGCCUUAUUGCCCUGAAGCUGGGCAUGAUGCCUUUAUGGACCAAAGAUGGUCAGAAGCAUGUGGCCACCUUACUUCAGGUACAAGACUGUCAUGUCCUGAAAUAUACACCAAAGGAAAACCAUAAUGGAAAAAGGGCAGCCCUGACCGUAGGAGGAAAAACUGUGUCACGUUUCCGCAAAUCUACAUCUAUAUUGGAAUUUUACCAAGAACUUGGAUUGCCGCCAAAACAGAAAGUUAAAAUCUUUCACGUAACAGAUAAUGCUGUAAUUAAGCCAGGCACACCUCUUUAUGCUGCUCACUUUCGCCCAGGACAGUAUGUGGAUGUCACAGCCAAAACUAUUGGUAAAGGUUUUCAAGGUGUCAUGAAAAGAUGGGGAUUUAAAGGCCAGCCUGCUACUCAUGGUCAAACAAAAACCCACAGGAGACCUGGAGCUAUUUCAACUGGUGAUGUUGCCAGAGUCUGGCCUGGAACUAAAAUGCCUGGACAAAUGGGCAACAUAGAUAGGACAGCAUAUGGACUGAAAGUAUGGAGAAUAAACACAAAGCACAAUAUAAUCUAUGUAAAUGGUUCUGUACCUGGACAUAAAAAUUGCUUAGUAAAGAUCAAAGAUUCUAAACUGCCUGCAUAUAAGGACUUCUGUAAAAAUCUGCCGUUUCCUACGUAUUUUCCUGAUGGAGAUGAAGAGGAGCUACCAGAAGAUUUGUAUGAUGAAAAUGUGUGUCAGCCCAGCUCACCUUCUAUUACAUUUGCCUAACCUCGUUGGACAUGGCAGAACCUCACAUGUUCUGUGAGCUUUGAUGAGCCAGAACAAUAAUAGAACUAGGAAUUAAAUUUCCCUUUGUUAGUCACAGCAAUGCCACACCUUUCACCUUCGUCAAGAAAUGAUGCAUAGGGACAUCAUUCAGCCCCCAACUGAAUUUUAUUUUAAAAAAUUACCAUGUGAAACAAAUCAGUUAAGUAGAUUGGAUAUACCAAAUUUGGAUGGAUUGGCAGUUUGCAUAUUAGCUAAAUCUUUGUAAUAUGUGGGCCUCAUUCUAUUUUUACUACAUAUUUCUCAGGUUAUCUUAAGAUGUUUAUAAAUUUAUCUUCUUUUAUUAAAGUUUAUCUGUUUUUGUGAAGAGGUAGUUGUGGAACAGUGGCCAACCAUCUAAGAUUGUGACUGUGGUACAACCUGUUUACAUAGAAGAAACCAUUUCCGAAAAUUCAUUUUUAUCCUUCUUCUACACUUCAUAGCCCUGAAGAGAGAAAGGAAGAUUUUUAUUUAAAUAACAGAAAUAUGUAUGUUAAAGGCUUGACAAAGGAAGGACAAUAAAAUCAUGAAUUAUGGAUCUGAUUUACCCUUUGGUUCGGAGGAAUAGUUAUUUUUUAGUUUGAUCACUCAACGAUAAGAUAGUUGUUAUCAUUUUUCCUUGAUGCCUUCCAAAAAGGAUUUGAGGUAACUUGGGAUUGUACAUUCAACAAAGUUAUUAAUCACCUAUUACUGAAAAUGUUAAUGGCCCCUGGGUUUCUCUUCAUUGUAUGAAACUAAAAUGUGUUUACUAAUGGCUACUUAUGAUAAAUAAUUAAGUUUAAUAAUGGAAGUAUAAGCAGGCCCCAUUUAACUACUGGAUUUCCUCUGGACCAGAUUCCUGACAAUCCACAGAAUCCAACUUUUAACCCCAGAUGAUUUCUGAGACUUGAUUCGUAUGGUCACCUAAGAGACUUACUAACCAUAGUGUUAGGUCUCCGUGUGAUUUCCUGAUAACUAAUGGAUUUGUUAUUAAAAGGUCCAACAAUAUUUUCCUGCCCAUAUUGCAUUUCUCUCAAUUUUAAAUCCAAAUGCAACAACAUCUUUCUUAAAGUUUUUGUUUACACUUCAUCUCAUUCUAUUAAAGAUUUGUGACAAUUGAUGGGAAAUCCAUGUAAUAAAGUAGUAAAGUAAGAGAAAAACAUGUAGGAUGAUAUAAAUUAGAAUAGGUGGGGGAUUGGGAAGUAGUAGAGCCAAUAUAAUGUAGCUGAGCAGGCUAUGACAUGAAGAGUUUUAAUAUUCAGUUUGGCUCUGAGCUUCCUGGGUACCAAGGUAAAACACAGCGUUCGUCUGUUACAUAUUUCUCUUUAAUCAUGAGUUCCUCAAGAGGAAUUAUUUUAAACUGGAGGAAGUCUUGGUCACCACACCAUUUUUAUUAAAAACAAAAAUAACAUCAAACUAGAAAUUCCUACUUGUUAAAAGAUAACUCCAGCAAACACCAUACUCAAGGAUAAAGUAUUAGAUGCAUUCUUGUCAGAAUUCAAACAAGGAUGCCCUUUACUAUGUCUAUUCAACAAUAUUCUUGGAGUUCUUAGCCAGUACAAUAAGACAAGAAAAAGUAAUAUAAAUAUUGGAAAGUAAGAACAAAUUUCAUUACAGGCAUACCUCAAAGAUACUGCGGGUUCAGUUCUAGAUCUCUGCAAUAAAACGAAUGUUGCCAUAAAGCAAGUCCUCAAUGUUUUGGCUUCCCAGUGCGUACAAAAGUUAUGUGUACACUAUACUGUUAUCCAUUGUGUGUAAUAGCAUUAUGUCUAAUAAAACAAUGAACAUA